CCGUGUGGUCACCCCACACAACAACACUCAGAUCAUUCAGGGAAAGAUGGCGACUCGAGUCCUUCAGAGUGUGGGAAACGGCCUAAAUCAGGCUAGAAAAGGUGUCCGAGGGAACCAGCAUGUUUCUGUGACGAUAAGAUCUCUCUCGGCAACACCGGGCAAAAAAGAAGACAGUUGGUUCAAGUCCCUCUUUGUGCGCCAAGUGAACCCCAGGAAAGAUGCCCACUCGCACCUGCUCGCCAAGAAAGAGGACCACAACCUCUACAAAAUCCAAUUUCACAAUGUCAAGCCAGAGUGCCAGGAAGCCUACAACAAGCUUUGUGAAGCCAUGCUCCCCAAUAUCCACAACGACCCCGAGUACACGUGUGAGCUGGUGGGAACCUGGAACACUUGGUACGGGGAGCAGGACCAGGCAGUUCACCUUUGGAGGUACCGAGGGGGAUAUCCAGCUCUCACUGAUGUCAUGGGCAAACUGAGAAAGAAUAAGGAGUUUGUGGAGUUCCGAAAAGAGCGCUCAAAGAUGCUCUUGUCCCGUCGCAACCAGCUCCUCCUGGAGUUCAGUUUCUGGAACGAGCCUGUUCCUCGAGAGGGGCCCAACGUCUAUGAGCUCAGGUCAUACCAGCUCAGGCCUGGAACGAUGAUUGAAUGGGGAAACUACUGGGCCCGUGCCAUUGAGCUGCGCCAGGAGAACCAGGAGGCUUGUGGAGGCUUCUUCUCGCAGAUCGGGAGCCUGUACAUGGUGCAUCACCUCUGGGCCUACAAAGACCUGCAGUCCAGAGAGGACACGAGGAACGCUGCCUGGAAGCAUGAAGGCUGGGAUGAAGCAGUCUACUACACAGUCCCCCUCAUUCAGCACAUGGAGUCCAGGAUAAUGAUCCCCACCAAAGCAUCUCCUAUGAAGUAGCGCUGCGGACGCUAAACCUGCCUCUCAGGCCAUCAUGAAGAUGGAGCUCCUCUGUGGGGGAUCCAACCAAGUCACCUGUGGGGGAGGUCAAGGGCCUCGGGGCAGGCAUUGGAUGCCAUGGAUACAGGGGUGCAUCUCUCGAAAGUGUAGUUGUUAGCCUGUUAGCAACCUGGGUAGUUGCCAAUGGGAAAUUGCAUUGAAAACAACAAAGUAGCUAAUGAAGUUAGCAACUAUGGCUAUGAGAAAUGCACCCCAGAACACUAGAUGUCACAUUCACAGCCUUUUGGCAUGGCCAACCUUCAAGCACCAACGUCUUGGUUACGGUGUUCCUAUGUUUUUCAUACCAUCAGCUGAGAUGUUGUUUUACCGCCUUUAUCUGUAGGAGGGUUUCCAUAUUGCUUUGCCACCAAUUGAUGUUCAUGUAAGCAAGCAGCGUUUACCCUGCAAAGAUUGCGGCUAUCAAAAUGAGUCAUUCGUUCCAUUACAGAGGCAGUCAAUGCGACAUCUAUGAGUUCUAUAUCCAUGUUGGGAUGUCAGUGUGCUUACAUGUUUCCCUUUGGUUUAAGUGUUUUCUCUCCUCUCUCUCUCUCUCUCACUCACCCACCCAACCACUUUUGAUUUACGGUUAAAGACAAAGCAAAAAGAAUUAAGUGUUUUGUCUUUAGGCACUACCACUCCUGGUCGGAAAAAUGACAGUUCUAGUGUGAAGAAGACGGUUUCCUGUGGUAUUUGACCUACUUCUUUAACAGCCACAGUUUACAGAAUAUUUCUGUUUAAAAAUGUGACCAUGGAGUCAAACCCCAUCAGAUCCAAUCCAGCAUUAGGAGAAUCUGAUUUUUAUUGUAAAUCAUGAGCGUGUCUUGAAUGUGUCAACAUCGAUCCCUUUUCAUCGGUUUCUCACCACACAAUCUAAUUUUAGUCUACUUGCAUCAGUAUCUUGCUGUUCUUGUUUCCUUCACAUGGUUGUAUUUAUCUGACUUAUUGUGGGAGUAGCCAUUCAUUGCUACGGGUAAAAUUCAGUUUAUUCCUGCUUUACUCCAUACAAACACUGGUCUUGUUAUCAUUGCACUCACGUUAAAGGAGAAGUGAAAAUUGUGUAGCUCAUGAACUUCUGGGUUUUCCCCACAACAGCCUGAAUAGUCCCUCUGUCUCUCCCCCAUGUGCAUGUCUCUCGGGGGUUUUGCCAAAAAGUAAAGCUUGGAGACGCUGAAUCACAGUGAUUGGCCUUCAUAUUGUUUUUUGUCUGUUACCAGAUAUCAGCUUUGAUGCUAAAGUUCCUUGAUAAAAAGUAUUUUAAAAAAGGUCAACAAAUGUGCCUCUAAACACUCCCACAUCAGUCUGUUGUCAAACACUCCCAACAGUAUUGUGUUGCAUCAAGUCCAAUUGGAACUGGAUGUCUGAGAGUCAGUCAGAUAUCUACGCUUUACUGCCCUUUUUCUGUUAAGAGAAAAUGCCAUGCGCACGCACGCACAUACACACGCACACAUACGCACACGCACACGCACACACAACUCAAAUAGAGAACACUCAAAUAAUAAAUUAUGUAACUAAAUACUAAAUGUGUAAGGCUCCUUGUGUAAGAGGAGCAGAGUAAUGGUGAUUUUUAGCACUAAAGCACAGAGACGCGAGUGCAGAUAGUUCAUGCAUUUGGAUGCCUGUCGCGGUCACCUAAAGCCAGUUAUAGCUGCUUGACCUGUGAGGAGAGGGCACAGGUCUUCUAACUACUUAGCAAAUAGUGUAGCCCCAAUAAAUAAAUUGUUAUUUUUAUGGUGAUAAAAGCUUUGGAUUUGGGAGAUGACUAAUGUUUAGCAAGAUGAAUAGCAAAAAAAUAUAAUGACAAUAAUUGUCUUUACUUUGUGGGAUAUGAAUUGUUUGGUGAUCUGCUGUGAUUUUAUCAACAAAUGUGUUGAAAAUGAAUUGUAAUAUUUUUCUACAGUGAUGAUGCUCUAACCUCUUGUUUGAGAAAAGCUUGUCGCUGAAAAAGCCAUUAAAUGCGUAAUGUUUACA